AUGGCUCCCAAAUCCGAUAGUGCUGAAGCAAUCGUGCUCAACUUCUUGAACGAGCAAAAUAGGCCUUUGAACUCGCAAAAUGUAGCAGAUUCACUGCAGAAGUUCAACCUUAAAAAGGCUGCCAUUCAGAAGGCAUUGGAUGGCCUUGCAGAUGCUGGGAAAAUAUCGUUCAAGGAGUAUGGCAAGCAGAAAAUAUAUCUGGCUAGGCAAGACCAGUUCGAAAUUCCAAAUAACGACGAGCUCAAUCAGAUGAAAGGAGAGAAUUCCAAACUUCAAGAACAGCUUGAUGAGCGGAAAAAAGCCGUUGCUAAGGUGGAAGCAGAGAUCAAGGCACUGCAGUCAAACUUGACAUUGGAGGAGAUACUGAGCAGACAAAUCCAAUUGGGGAACGAGGCUAAACAAAUGGAGGAGAAAUUGAUCAAGUUGAGGCAAGGAGUGACUCUGGUGAGCCCAAAAGAGAGGCAGGCUGUAGAAAUGCUGUAUACAAGUAUGAUGAAUCAGUGGAGAAAACGUAAGAGGAUGUACAAAGAUAUCUGGGAUGCAAUCACUGAGAACUCCCCCAAGAAUCUUAAAGAAUUUAAGGAGGAACUUGGUGUGGAAUACGAUGAAGAUGUUGGUGUCAGCUUGCAAUCCUUUGGUGAUUUGGGGCAAAAUGGAAACAAGCGACCCAGAUGCAAUUGA